UAAGCUACGUGCACGCGCAUCCUUCUUUCCUCCUCUUUAUCGUACCCGACAUUGAUCCCCGUCCGCUGACGACAAUGAUCUGCUUAUUUCUGUCCAUAUUUGCUCAGAUCUUUCAGUCAGGCUGGACUGGGGUGAAUGAACGCACCUUCGUUGCCGUAAAACCAGAUGGCGUGCAGCGGAGACUGGUGGGCGAAAUCGUGCGUCGUUUUGAGAAGAAAGGCUUCAAACUGGUGGGGCUGAAACUUGUGCAGGCCUCAGAGGAGCUUCUUAGGGAACACUACUGGGACCUGAGGAGCAGGCCCUUCUUCGGUGGACUCGUAACCUACAUGAGCUCGGGACCAGUUGUUGCGAUGGUGUGGCAGGGCUUGGAUGUGGUCAAGACUGCACGGAAGAUGUUGGGAGAGACCAACCCUGCAGACUCGCUGCCUGGAACCAUCCGGGGAGAUUUGUGUGUGGAGGUGGGCAGAAACGUGAUCCAUGGCAGCGACUCUGUGGAGAGCGCGCAGAAGGAAAUCUCUCUGUGGUUUCGUCAGAGCGAGCUUCACCGCUGGGAGAGCAGCAGCAGCCGCUGGCUCUACAACUGACUUUCUGCAUGAACACUGUCCGAUCGUAAACGUUUUUUUGUUUUUAUCAUAUAAGGUGGAUCACGUCAUACCUCAGAUGAACUGUUUGGCUUUAGUAGUUUGUAGCUACUUGAAAGCUCAUCUCUGCCGUCCUGUAUUUCAUCUUUUUCAUACAUUAUUUUAUAUCUUAAGGGAGGUGAGACGACACUACCAAGCAAAAUGCACUAAGUGAGCAAUAACCUGGCUUCUGCUUUCUUUCCAGCUUUUGCUUGUUUUUUCAGUCCACAAUAUUAAAAAGUAAAACUCAGAACGAGUUUGAGAGGCACUGAUGUAAGCAGUUCAUGUAUGGUACAAACAUGUAAUGUUUAUAUGAAGCGUGUCCCAUAGAUGAAUGUUUUUCUAUAUUUUAUUUUGGCACUUCUAACUAAACGGGAGCAGUUUACCAACACAUUGUCUUUGCCUUGCACACACGUUCAGCUUCUUGUACUUUCCAAGUACAAAGAUGUAAAAGUAAAAGUACUUGAAUGUAAACUUUCCAGCUCCCCAAAUGCAUAUAGCCUGUUAAAGUGAUGCUGCACUAAAUAAUGUUUACCUGAUUGGUCACGUUUAUGCUUUUAUUGGCUGUUAAGAAGCUUUAUUUUACCACUGUCCAAAAAAAAAGAAUAAACCU